GUAAACACAAGUGUCUCAGCAACAGUGAUCCAAGAAACUCAGGGAACUUGUGACUCCUGUGUCUUCUGCAAGUCCAACAGCCUUUUCUGAUUUUAUUUUCAUUUCAAAAUACUGUGUCUGCUCCAAGAAAUGUGCAGAAUUGUAGAGAGUUUACCAGCAGGUAUUCCUGGAUAGUUUGUCAUUUUUCUGAGCUGCCCAGCAAACUUGCAGAUGGACUGAUGAUGGUAUGGGGAAUUUGUAUUUGGGAGAGUUUAGCUGUUUCCUUGACAACAGCAUUUGGGGCUCCCAUGCACAGUGGGACUGAGACAAUGGGAACGACUUAAAGAGUUAAAAGAAGAACAAAGAAAAUGUCAGCUUCAAGAUAAGAUUUUCUUCAAGCAAAAAUGUCAGAGAACUCCACUGAGUUGGUUAACUACCCUGACAAGGACCAAGCUUUCCUUCCUGCAAUUCCCAUGAUUCCUGGAAACAGAGUGAAUCUUCUAGAAAAACGGUUGUCCAGUCAGGAGAGGACCACAGCUGUUCUCCUAGAUCAGGCCUUUCGAAUCAAAGAUGACAUUGUUUCUUAUCUUCAAGGAAGUAAGGGCCAUCAACAGGGGGAGGCAACAGCACGACAACUGCUAGAAAACCACAUACAGACUAUUACAAGCAUAGUUAAGAAGCUCAGCCAUGAUAUAGAGGUUUUGGAGAAAGAAAUAAGAACAAGAGAUAAUGUUGCAACAGGAACAACUUUUGCUGUUCAAAGUUUGGACCAUAAAUACCUACAUGGAUUUGGGGACCUGCGUGGAAGGGUGGCCAGAUGUGAUGCGAGCAUUGCAAAGCUAUCUGGAGACAUAAAUAUAAUCAGGCACGAGAUCCAGAGGCUAGAGAAAGGGAUUGGUGGCAUCCGCUCUACCUCGGAAAGUUAUGCUAAUAAUUUAGAGAUGAAGGUAAUGCGGCUAUUAGACAAGAUCGAGACUUCCAACUCUGAGCAAAGCUCUCAUUUAAAGACAGUCCAGGGGGAUCAACACCAUGAAUUGCAACUUCUGGAUUUCAAGGUGAAUAGUCUUCUAAAUGACCUCCGGGACCAAAUUCAGGACCAACAAAAGUGGACAGAAACCCAACUGAGGCGAUCUGAACAAGAACAAGCCUACAAUACAAAUCAAUUUCUUAACGCAAUAAAGGAGAGACUGGAAGCAGCAGAAAAGAAACUGGAAGAAAACGUGCACCUCUCGCUAAAGCUAGAGAGCACCAAUAAACCACAGCAAUAUGAAAUGGUGCUGAGCCAGGUGAAAAAAUAUGAAACUAAACUGCAUGCAAGAAUUACUAGAUUUGAAAGACAGAUCUGGAAUGAGCUGGAGGAAAUCCAGAAUGAAUAUAGAUCAGGAUUUCAGUCCAUUCAUGAAGCUCUCAACUCACUCCAACAAAUACAGACGACAAAACUGAAACUAGAAAAAAAGAAAUUCCAGAAAGACAUUAAAAAAAUACGAUGCAAGGUAACUGAACUUCAGGAAGACUGAAGCUUUUCCAGCAUUUGCAGUUGUUCUCUCAACCUAACAGGACUGUUGGCUUAAAGACUGAAACAAAGAAAAUCUCAUGUCUCCAUAGCAUGUUACUGCUAUCCUUAAAUCAUAUUUUAUAAUCUAGUGCAACACUAAAGAAAAUCAGUUAUGGUGAUUUUGUCUUGUUUUAAUAUGUUGAAGCAAGGUCAGUGGGGCAAGAAAAUAAAUAUUAAGGACUGA